AUGGUCUAUCAGGAGACUGAGUGGGUAGCAUACAUGACGCCAACCACCAAGGACACGAGACGCAAUUUUUGGAAGGGCAAGAACUUUGCCGGAACCAUUGAUUGGGCUGUUGACCUAAUGAGCUACCACUCUGACGAUGGAUCCUUUGGCCACGGUGAGGAUUGGUCCGACGAGUUUGAGGGCGGAACCAUCAGUCCUGAGGCUGUUGCCAACGGCGCACAGAAUACUGUCAAGGAAUUCAUGUACAAGAAUGCCAGCGAGUUCUUCACUUGCCAGCGCUCUGAUGAACCAGACAAGGACAACCUCAUCCGGUCAUCGACGAGAUGGACGUUGAAGGAGGGCAAAAGCGACGCGUUUUAUGCCGCCUUGUUGGCCGGCACAGCCGUUUCCAGCGACAAGAUUGUGUGGGAGGAUGUACGAUGGCACGAUGCCGAUGGAUCACCGUCAUACCAUGGGGGCGAACCAAUGUACAUGGACUUUAACUUCCCCAAUCCGAUAUACUAA